CGCUCGACCGCGCCCGGCCGGCCCGGGUCGCCAGACCGUGGCCGCCAGUGUGUCUCGGCCGGUCGGCUGCGCGGUGUGGGGUCUGUGUGCUGUGCGGGGGUACGGACUGGGGGCUGCGGUACCCGGGUACCGAUAUGUCGCGGUACGGCCACCACCGGCGGGGCUGGGGAGGGGUACGGAUUACCGGCUGUGGCAGCUGGUCCGGCGUGGGCAACUGGCAGAAGGCGGUCAUCAUCCUCUGCGGCCUGCUCUCCAUGGUGAUCGGGGGUCUGCUGAUGUUCUACGGCCUGAAGAUGUGGUGGCAGUUCUCCAGUGACGCCUCGGAGGCCACUCAGUACCUGGUGCAGCGGCUGAACCGGGCCGAGACACAGCUGGAUUUAGUCAGGGUGAACUGGGAGCACGAGAUCGUCAGCCAGGAGUGCAGCUCGGAACGCGAGCCGUGCGAGUGCCACCUGGUGACCAGCAGCCGGCGCGGCUACAGAGCCGUCAUCGUGCUCUCCAUCGUCAUCGUCAUCGCCGGCGUCAUCGGCCUGUGCGGCAGCUGCUGCGAGAGCAGCACCUCGCUCUUCCUGUUUGUGCUGCUGGCCGGCGCCGCGGCCGUGGUCGAGUUCUGUAUCUCGAUGGUGUUGUUCAGCGCCCACCACCAGCUGGCCUCUGUGGGCGCCCACGUCUCGGAGGUGAUGCGCCGGCCGCUGCCGCCCCUCUCCGACGUCUACAAGCUCGAGGUCAGCGAGUCGGAGCAGCGCGCCUUCCGCCGGGCAAUGGGCUGGCUGGACGAGAUGGGUAACCUGGACGAGCGGCGCAUCCUGCCGCACUACUUCUCCUGGUCCGACUCCUGGCGGGAAUGGUCCGACGAGAUCCAGGGAAAGACGCUGCAGAUCCUCAUCAGGAACGAGUGGAUCGCCAAGCCGAGACCCACAGAGUUCUGGGAAAUGCACGAUGAGGUCCGAGGCGGCGGUCGGAAAAAGGAAGACGGCGGCUUCGAGCCCCUGUGUGCCAGCGGCCGGUCGAGCCUGCGCCGGAGGGGGAUAGUGGACGCUGCCACCUCGCUGGUGAAGGGGGUCAACACGCUCAGAGGGCAGCUUCACACGGUGACCGGUGAGAUCACUGCCGACCUCAGCGCCGACGAGAACUGGCGCGCGCUGGCGAAAAAGUUCGAUAAGGUCUGGAACCUGCAGAAUAUUUCGCUCGCCGAGAGGGCUUACGAGAUCGGCGUCAACCAGCAGUGUCUCUACACAAUAAAGAUUCGCACCCUGCAGGAGCUCAAAGAGGUGAAGGACCUGGUGCCCACCGUGCUGAGGAACGCCGUGCUCACGCUGGCCAUGUGCGCGCUGCACGUGCUGGCGGCCGUGGCAGCCCACCUGCUGGUGCGCGCGCUGCGCCGCCACUUUGAGGAGCUGAUGGAGAUGCAGCGGGACGCCGCCGACACCGGGGUCACCGUGGUGACCAGCAACACGACCAGCACCACCAACAACCAGCAGAGCAGCAACCAGCAGCAGCAGCAGCAAAUGAUGAUGAUGCCCAUGAUGCAGCCUUGCUACCAGCAGCCCUACCAGCAACCAUAUCAGCAACCUUACCAACAACCGUAUCAGCAGCCGUACCAACAACCUUACCAACAGCCGUGCCAACAGCCAUACCAGCAACCGAACCCCCAAUAUCAGCAGCCGACUCAGCAGCCGGCUCAGCAGCUACCGAAUCCGCAGCUUAGUCAGCAGCCCAGCCAGCCCCCUGGACAGCAGCCUGGCCAGGCUCUUGGACAGCAGCCAAACCAGCCACAGCAGCCAGGACCACAGGACCCGAGCCAAGGACCCAGCCAGCAGCCUCAGCCGGCGGCAUACCAGCAGCCGAAGCAGCCAGAGAAACCCACGUACCAGCAGGCGUGCCAGCAGCCCUCUCUUGGUCCUACCCAGCAGCCAGCCCAGCAGGCAGCGGCGCCCCAGGCCGGUACCAGCUCGGGGCCUCUCUCGCUCGUCCCGCCGGGGCCCGACCUCGCCUCGGCUCCUCCGGAGUCCUCGGCUGCUGUUGGCCAGACGGUGGCCGAGAAACGUGACCUCAACCCGUUCAGAGAGCGCUCUCCGGCCGUGACGCCCGCCCCGCCGUCACCGCACACCCCAGUGUACCGGGAGCCUCCUCCGCCGUACCAGCUGGUGGCGCCCUCUGUAUCGGAACACCUGGUGGCGCCCUCUGUAUCGGAACACCUGGUGGCGCCCUCUGUAUCGGAGCUCCUGGUGGCGCCAUCUGCGGCGGAGCAGGCCGGCGGCCGCUGGAGUCCGGUGUUCCUCACACCGGCGGCGGCAGGUGGCGGGACGAGGCCCACGGACGGGCACAGCAGGCCGAGCAGCCCCACUACCGACUUCUUCUGACGGAGGCAGGUGGCUGCCCUGAGCUGCAUAAGAAAUCAGCCAUUAGCAAUAGUCCCGCAUGAAACGCGAAUAGCUGUUCGGCAUUGAUUUGUGAAUUUUAUUGUGCAUGUGGAUGUUAACUUUUAUUUAUAACUCGUUGUCAGGUGUAUUGUUAUUGUUGAUUUUUUUGUAGCAGUAAUUUAUAAAUAUACGUUGAACAAGA